CUAAGCGGUGACGUCAUCCACAGCUGUCCGGUUUCCUUUAACAUGGCGUAACACCUGCUCUUUCUCUCGCGGCAGGUCGAGCCUUUUCUCUUCUUUAUUUUAGGCUUCGAGACUUUUCUUCCUUGUAUUUACAGCAAAGUAAUCACUGUGCGAAAACAGGACGAUGUCAACUGAGGAACUGUCUACGUCUGACAGCGAGCCAGCGUUCGCAGGCGGCGAGAGAUGGGCACCAGUGGGCGCGGUGGCCAACCCGGAGGAUGAAGAGGACAGCGAAGGGAAAAUCCGCACUACGGAGCCGCGGCGCCGGACCUCGACCCCAGGGGAUAUGGCGGACAAACUGCGCCGCCUGGAGGAAGAACAGGAGUUGCUGAACUCGUCGCUGCUCGCCCUCACAUCGCACUUCGCGCAGGUGCAGUUCCGGCUCAAGCAGAUCGUGCACGCGCACACCGAGGACAGGGAGCGGCUGCUGGUGGAGCUCGAGGACUUCGCGUUCCGAGGCUGCCCGCACGUGCUGGGGUGUCGCGCGCAGGACGCGCAGAUGCUGGAGAACACGAGUGAGCGAGAGAAGCGAGAGCGCAUGGAGGCCCACAGGCAGAAGCAGCGGGAGCUCAUCAUCCAGCUGAAGACGCAACUCGACGACCUCGAGAGGUUUGCCUAUCAGGAGGGAAACUACGACUCGGUGCCCCAGUCCAUCGUCAUGGAGCGGCAGCGGGUGAUCAUCGACGAGCUCAUCAAGAAGCUGGAUGUGAAUCUGAACGAGGACAUCGGCAGCCUUUCGCCCGAAGAACUGCGCCAGAGGGUCGACUCUGCCAUCGCCCAGAUAGUCAACCCGGCCCGAGUGAAGGAGCAUCUGGUGGAGCAGCUAAAGACGCAGAUUCGGGACUUGGAGAUGUUCAUCAGCUUCAUUCAAGAUGAAGUCGGGAACCCACUGCUGACCAGUGCCGAAAACUCUGAACAUGUGCCAACGGCGGGCAGUAGGGGACUGCCAGGGCAGCGUAAAGUGGACGCAGAACAGGCGAGGAAGCUGCGGGCGACGGGACUGCAGAUGAUGAGACGGGCCCUGGCAUUCCUGCAGAUCUUUGCUGUCAGCCAGUUUGGAUGUGGCGCCGCUCACCUCCCGCGGGGCCUGUGGCCUCAGGACGAGCCCGGCCAGGACUUCUCUCCUUUGCUUCUGAAGCUGGAGGCGUCGGUGGAGAAAGUGAGGAAGCAGGCCCUGAGACGACAGCCACACGACAACCACGUCAUCAGCUACAGCAGCACCCGCGCCAUCGCGGCGGGGGCAAAGGAUGAGUUGACGAGCGCCGUGCGCAAGGACCUGGCUGUGGCCCUCCGGGACCUGAUGGCCCACGGCCUUUACGCCCCCUCCCCGGGAAUGAGCCUGGUCCUCGCCCCCAUCGCCUGCCUGCUCCCGUCAUACAGCGCCUCUCCGCAGACCCUCCACCCCUGGGAGCUUUUUGUGAAGUACUACGACUCUAAGAACGGCCAGGCCUUCAUGGAUUCUCCGGCCAGAAAACUCUCUCAGUCGUUCAGCCUGCCGGUCAGAGGAAGCGUGACGGUGACGCCCAAGCAGUCCCUGCUGUCUGCCAUUCACUUUGUCCUCCAGGACCACGACCCAUUCAAGCGUGGCGCGGACUCGGAACUGAAGGCGCUGGUGUGCAUGGCGCUGAACGAGCAGCGUCUGGUUUCCUGGCUCAACCUGAUCUGCAAGUCGGGAACGCUGAUCCAGACCCAUUACCAGCCCUGGAGCUGUAUGGCCCAGACGGGCUUUGAAGGGGCGCUGCACAUCCUCAGCCGGCUGAGCCACCUGCAGUUUAGCCUGCCAGUGGACCUGGCGGUGCGGCAGUUCAAAAACAUCAAAGAUGCCUUCUGAACCCUGGCAAGGAAACUCAAAUGGCCACCUCCCUGGAAAGUAUCCCACCGCUGCCACCAUUUGAUACAACCACUGCCUCUCCCAGCCUGCCCGGCGUUUGCACUUUGCUGGUGCCUAUGGCGCCAAGAUAAGCUUGGUACUAGGGAUGACGGGUAAACUUUGCUUUGCAUAACUGGUGUAACUGGCUUUCUCUUUCUCUGCCCAUAAAGCCCCUGGCAGUGCCCUCGGAGUCCUGCGGCUGGCUACAAGGGCCGGUUAGGGACACUUCGUUUGGCACAUCCUGGGAUGGCUGAACGCGAUUUCAUAUUCAAAGUCGGUGGAAGACAGGAUUUCUCUAGCCUGCCAUUACCUUGAAAGUGUUAAAGGGGGCAGCGUCCAUGACGAAGCGGCCAGCUGAGUGCACAUAAACACUCGGAGCAUUCCCUUCAAUGUCUGUUCAGAUUGGAGUUUGGGAACGUUCAUGUCGGUGUGUACUUCAAGACCGGAAUUUGGGGGCCGCUGAACCAAAAUAAAAGGAGACGCGAAUCACCUGGAGACCCAGAGACUUCCUUUAAGGAGUCUAUGAGGAGAUGCCAGACGUUUAACACUCGGGCUGCACGGUGCCAAUAUUAGUGCUAAGGAUGGGGGGGGCAACACCUCUGGAACACUUUGGUGCGAUCAAAGCAAAUGGCCGUGACCCCUAUAAAAAAAAAAAAAAAAAAAAAAAAGAGCAACUCAGAGGAGCGGGCAAAGCGGAAUGAGAGGCUGGCACCUUGCCCGCUGUCUUUAAGAUGCCUACUGGGGGGGGG